AUGCCCUCUGCCCCAGUGUCCUCCUCUUCCAGCUCCUCUUGUCCCCCCUCAUCCAGCUCUUCCUCUGACGAGAGCCGCAAUACAUCUGUUCGCGACACGUCUGACAGCGUAGAGAACGAUGCCACACAAGAUGAGAACAACCCAUUCGUCAAGGCAUCUCGCUGGAUUUCACGUGGCUACGAUCUCUUUACUGGCCUUAGGACACUCUUUGAGGUCGGUAUGGCUCUCGACGAGCUUGUCAUGCUUGAAGAGACCGAGGAGAACAGCGAACCAGGCCUGACCCUCGUCACGAAAAUUGGUAUCGUACACGGUCUGGAUGACGAUGAGGUUCUUAGGUGCCAGAGAGCAUACAAAAACAUCCUAGCUCAUGUUCCCGGCCUCGCUAAGUGUAUGGCCGAAUUCGUCGACGCUGGCGAUCUCACGGACUUUUGGAAUAAACUUCAGAAGGUUAGAUCGUCUGCGAACUCCGGUAAAAACGAGGACUCCUGCAAGUUCAAGAAGUCUCUCGCGGAAUACGCUGGUGCCACCUCGACUGAAAAGAACAGGGGUUUCUGGAGCCCCUUCUAUGGUCGCCUCCUGACUCCUUCGAGCUUACUCGUAGAGUAUGAUGCUGAUCCUGUGGAAUUCUGCCGCCAAGCGCGACUCCCAGGAGGCGACGUCAGGAUCACCGACGCUGAACUCCCCAGUUUGGUAUACCCGUGUGGUGUGUGUAACCCCGAGGAUAUCCUCGAAGGUUUCACACAGACCGAACUUCUCGUACGAUUUGGGCGGAUGGUUCUUCAAGGGCCGACAUACGCCAUGGAAGAGCCGAAAGCCCCUAUGCAAAGGGGAAAUUCCAAGAAGCACGACAUACGGAACGUCACCGAAGAUUUUGUCGCGUACUGUGUCACACAAGUUCGUAUCGCCGUGUCCGGAAAUGGGUUCGUCGAAUUAGACGGGCUAUUUCACAAUGUCACGCUAUAUUCGACCGUCGUCAGUCUUAUCCGACUGAAUCCGGCUAAGAAGAAGUCAAUUUUAGCAUUCUGGAACUUGAAAUGUUUUGGCCAUGAGGACGGUUAUGUACAAAAGAAACGAAAAGCACAGGCCGGCGAACCUCUCUCUGUUCUUGAGAGAGCGAGAUUGCAGAACACUGCUCAGGUUUCUCCCGAAGUGGCGCCAGCAGGACCCACUGUGUCAGCUGCUACCGAGUUAGGCACUGGCCCGAACACCGUCCCUGCUGCGACGUCCACCGAGCACAACCCUUAUCUCACGACCGUGUCUACAUCAAGAAAUACAGGCGACGCUGCUUCCGUUUCUGCUCGGUCUGCUGGCGACGCUGGAGAUUCUCUUGGCUCUACGGCGGUUACUACUUCAGUGGAUUCUGUGUCCGAGUCUCUCAGCGAGCCUGUGUCCAACAGUAAUGUCCACGAUCAUUCCCCUCCGACAAGCAUUUCCAGCUCGCACACGACCUCAUCACUCUCCAUUGACUCUUCCGACAUUCCUAAUGGCUCUCAUGCAUCCUCUCAAGACGUAGUCUCUGUGUCUUAUCCUGCAUCUACGAACACGACGCCACCUUCAACAUCAUCUAUCUUCGAGCCGCUCCCCUCUGGCACUGAGAGCCGACUGGCCUCUGCGCCGAAAGAGAAGAUUAUUCUACGAUCACAAGCACCUCGGUCCACGAAGAAGACGAACGGUGCCGCUGCAGCGAAGAAGCGCAAAGCGAAGGACGCCGUUGAUGGAGAUGGUGCGGAGAUGCCUGCCCCUCCGAAGGCUAGGAGGAAGUUGAAUGGGAAGAAGACUGGAUAG